ACACAUCACCACCACUACCCGUGCUAUGGCAGCAGGCUAGGAUACAUGGACACUCCACACAAGUUAGAUACACGGUGAUACGUCUUGGACCGUGUCAUAUUUCUUUCAUUCUAGUAAAUUUUUUUUUUUUUUUUAAAAUCACGUUCUUCUUUCGUAACUUCGUAUACUCCGCUCCAUAAAAAAAAAACCUUGGCAUAUUCAUAUCACUACACAUUUCAUUUCUUUUCUCACAGCCAUAAUUACCGUCUUCCUCCAGCAAAGCUCAGCACCUUCGUCAUCUGAAGCUUUCGGCAACACUCAUUACUUCAAUUCACAAAGAAUCACUAAUGUUGUGAUGGAACUAGAAAUUAGACAUUUUCUCCCUAGGACAAGGGCUGUCGCCCCUCCUGGCCUGGCUCAGGGAUGGGCCUGUUACAAACCAUCUAACAUAAGGUGCAAAGUCACCUUGAAGCUGAGUACUUCAUCUGGAAUUGCCAUAAGUGCUGACUUGCCGGAAUAUGAGGAGACGGCAAAGUUGAAAUUGGGUCCUUAUCCAGGAGGAAUGGGACCCUACACAGGGAGAGACCCAAAUGUAUCGAAACCGAAUUGGUUGAGGCAGAAAGCUCCUCAGGGGAAGAAAUUCGAGGAGGUGAAAGAGUCUCUUUCUCGCUUACAUCUCCACACUGUUUGUGAGGAAGCCCAGUGCCCCAACAUUGGAGAGUGUUGGAAUGGAGGUGGGGAUGGAAUUGCAACUGCCACAAUCAUGGUUCUUGGUGAUACCUGCACUCGUGGUUGUAGAUUUUGUGCUGUUAAAACGAGCAGAAACCCUGCGCCACCUGAUCCAAUGGAACCAGAGAAUACUGCUUCCGCUGUUGUAAGUUGGGGUGUUGAUUACAUCGUUCUAACUAGUGUUGAUCGGGAUGAUUUGCUUGAUGGUGGAAGCGGCCAUUUUGCUCAAACAGUCAAAGCCAUGAAGGCACUCAAGCCUGAAAUCAUGGUUGAAUGUUUAACUUCUGAUUUUAGGGGAGACUUGAAGGCUGUAGAUACUCUGGUGCACUCGGGAUUAGAUGUUUUUGCUCACAACAUUGAAACUGUCAAGCGGCUUCAGAGAAUAGUUAGAGAUCCUCGAGCAGGGUACGAACAGAGCAUGUCUGUACUCAAACAUGCAAAAUUUAGCAAAGAUGGGAUGAUCACAAAAACUUCUAUCAUGCUAGGGCUUGGGGAAACAGAUGAUCAAAUAAAGGAAGCCAUGGCUGAUCUUCGAGCCAUUGAUGUUGACAUUCUGACACUUGGACAAUAUUUACAGCCAACACCAUUGCACCUCACAGUUAAAGAGUAUGUUACUCCUGAGAAAUUUGCUUUUUGGAAGGAGUAUGGAGAAGCUUUAGGUUUUCGUUAUGUUGCUAGUGGUCCACUUGUACGCUCAUCAUAUCGAGCAGGAGAGCUCUUUGUGCAGACGAUGGUGAAAGAAAGAGCUAAAGACAGGCCAUACAGCAAUAGCAGCGUGAACCACUUUGCAUAAAAUUUAUUGAAUUCAUUUGAUUUAGUAAUAUAUAUAGGGAGUCCCAGUUGAUCUAAUAGAUCAGCCGGAAAUGUCAAUCUAGUGGUCUUUUCGAAAUUAGAGUCAA